GGUUUUGCCGUACAACAACAACAGAAAUGGCGUCUUCCCAGGAUGUCCACGUCCGUAUUUGUGGACAAGAAAUAAUCAAAUAUGAUCUCGAAAUUAAAGCUCUCAUUCAGGACAUUAGAGAAUGUCCGGGGCCACAAAGUGUGCUGAUGGAUUUCAACUCCAAAGUAAAAGAGAAAUUAAAUCAACUGCGACUGAGAAUCCAGAAUAUGGAACAAAUGGCUAAGGAACAAGACAGAGAGACAGACAAACAAGCCAUCCUGAGUGAGACAGAGAGUCAUCGCAGACAGAAUCUGAGUAACCAGACAGCUUGGAGGAAGGCAAACUUGGCAUGUAAACUGUCCAUUGACAACCUUGAGAAAGAUCAACUUCUGAAUGGUGGAGACUCUACUGUGAGACAGCGGAAAGCAACUAAGGAGAGUCUGGUCCAGACGUCUGGUGACAUCACAGAGAGCCUGAUGAGCAUCAGUCGUAUGAUGGCCCAGUCGGUGUCUCAGAGUGAGGAGACCAUCGGCACUCUGGCUACAUCUUCAAGAACAGUCCUGGAAACGGAUGAAGAGUUCAAAUCCAUGACAGGAACCAUACAUUUGGGAAGGAAACUGAUCUCGAAGUAUAAUCGACGAGAAUUGACUGACAAACUACUAAUCUUUCUAGCAGUAGCUUUGUUUUUAGCUACUGUCUUGUACAUUUUGAAAAAAAGGCUGUUCCCAUUCAUUUAGAGGAAAUUGUAAGCAAUUGCCAGUUUUGUCCUUUGAUAUUACUCCCCAAAACGACAUCUGUAAUGUCACUGCAGUCAUGCUGCAUUUCGAACCUUUCAAUGUCUUUCUUGCCCUACUACAGCCUUGUGCAUGGCCAUUUUACAUCUUCAAAACUGUCUGACAUGCAUUAUCUAUACCACAGAGGAAUGACCUUUAAUGGUAAACUCACCGCAGAUGUUGAGAUGAGCGUGAUGAAAGGACUGCUCUCAGAGUAUCUUGAGCAUGUGCACAGGUGCGCUUCACGCUGCUACGAAAUGGAAGCUACAGGACGAAAACAGAGAAGUUUAGCCUUGCGGAAAUUGAUCCACUUUGUGUUUACUUCGUGCAUGCAACAUCUCGUUGAGUAUCUUUACUGGCAGGAAUGAUUUUUUAUUCCAUUACCUUAUUCUUACUGUAUAGUAUACCUCAAAUAUACACCCUGGUGUUAGUACAUACGAGGAAAUGACAAUGGUUAUUGUACAUCUGAAACAGUAUAAUAAAGUUUGGACGUAA